AUGGCCUACAUGUACUCCCCAGAGGGGGCCGGAGUGGGCAAGCGAGGAGACGACCAGGACGCGGAUAUCAUACGCGAGUUCAAGCGCAAGCUUGCAGAGGACGAGGGGUACAUCGCAUACUUCAACGAACGGAUCAGGAUCGAGCAGGCGUACAUUGACGCGCUCACGAAGCUGCACGGCAAGACCGUUGGCGUCGAUGCCCUCCAUGAUGAUGUGACCCAUCGCGGUCAGCGCUCGUCGGCGCGUACAGCGUACAUGGAGGUCCGAGACUACACCCAGCGUGAGAUCGAUAGCCGCGAGGCGCUUGUCAAUGCUCUGCGUGAGGAUGUUGUCAACAAGCUCGCUGCACUGCGGGAUACCCAGACGAGGAUCCGUAACAGGAUCAGAGAGGAUCUCAAGACUGCCACAGAGGCAUACGAAGACUAUGCGUUCACAAAGGUCCCAAAGCUCCGGCGCUCGUACAUGGUCAAGACGUCGUCUAUCGAGGAGUACCGCAAACAGGAGCUUGCUAUUCAGAAACAGCAGCAGCUUUUGUCUGAACCGUCUCCGUCGUCGCCGCAACCCGAGAAGCCGCACCCGUUCGCCCUGCCCGCGUCCAGCAGUGGCAGCGUCGCGUACAGCGGCUACGCUGCCAGCCAGUAUGCCGCUUCAAGCACCGGCCACCACGCGGCCAGUGCCAGCGGGUCCGACACUCCCCCUAACGUCCUGCCGACCACUCCCACACCCACGCCAUCGAUCCCCCCGGGCAUCAACUUUGCCAACCAGCUCGCUGCGCCCGACCAGAGGCGAGAGAAGCUCCUGACCGGCCGCGCCCGCUCGGGUUCUGCGUCGCUCGCGAGUGCCGUGGCUGAUGGCCGUUCCAAGGAGGUGUUCCAGGACAUUGCUGCCCAGGGCAAGAAGGGAUUCUCGGCCAUCAUGCAGCGUUUCGGUGGUGAGCGCGAAGGUGCUGCUCCGAUCGAGCCCAUUGCUAUCCCCGUCGAGAUGCCCUCGCCCGCCAAGCACGGUCACGGCCAUGUUCAUGGUCACGACCGCCAGCGCAGCAGCAUCUCGCGCAGCGCGAGUGUGGCAAAGGGAGCCAAGAUCAAGCGCGACGCCAGCGACGCGGACAAGGCAUACCGCGAGGGCGUGUUCCACUGCGAGUCUCUGCGUCUUCGUCGUGAAAAGCUCCAGCAAUCGGCCAUCACCUCGUUGAUGCAGUUCAACGACGACCUCAAUUCGACCCUCCAGGUCACUCUGCGCGCGUUCACGGACGCGACGCACGGCACCGCCGCGACUCUGGCGCAGGCGACCGAGGUGGUCAGCAGCAGCUUAAAGGACAUCAAGCCCGCGGCCGAUACGAUGCUCUUCCGCUCCAAGCUCCCCAUGCCGGCCAGGCGUGCGCCGAUCCUUUACGAAAACUUCUAUGUCGGCCCCUGCCACUCGCUCAUCUUUGGCGUGUCCCUCACAGACUAUGAUUUCGCCCGUGGUGAGGGAGGUGACCACGGUCGCCUGCCACUCAUUGUGGAGAAGUGUCUCGCCGAGAUCGACGCGAGGGGUAUGGGUGCAGAGGGCAUCUACCGACUUUCCGGAAGGGCGGCGACCGUCAAGCAGCUGGUGCAGGACAUUGAGCUCGACGAGAAUACAUUCACGUUCAAGCUCGAAGACGACGUUUACAGCAUCGGUGUCAUUCUCAAGCAGUACCUCCGCGAGUUGCCCGAGCCCCUCUUCCCGCUCCCUCACGCAGAACGUGUCAAGUACACCGAACACAGGGAGGCUCUCAUGGAGAGCAGCUUCGCACCUCUCCGCGGUCGUCUCCGUCGUCUCCCACCCAUCCACCAGACGACCUUCCAGGCCAUCAUUGAACACCUCGCCCGUGUGAGCUCACGCGCAAAGGAUAACAAGAUGGACGCCAAGAACCUCGCUGUUUUGUUCAACGCUGCACUUUUCGGCCAGGACCAGGUGCCGGCCACUGGCAACGCGCUCACCAUGCACCUCGAAAAGGACACCGUCCUCGAGGACCUGAUCACAUAUUCUGAUCUUCUCUUCUCGGCUCCCUCGCUCCCCGAGUCCAGCGCCUCCACUGCGUCGGGUGCCCGUGUGCUUACUACGACUCCGGAGCGCAAGGGUAGCCGCCACACGAACGUCUCCAUCGGCCCCGUGCCCGUCUUCAAGGACGCCUCGCCGACCGAGUCGAACGAAGCCCUGUCCGCUGGCCAGCCUGUGCUCGCACAGCCUGUCCCAGUCGUUGCGUCCACAGUCAGCGCAUUCGAGUUCAAGGUGACGGACGACUCGCCCACAAGCGAGUUCACCCCGGACACCGACCUCACGCUCCUCUACGACCCAGCCAUGAUCCCCCAGUCGAUGCGUGACAUUGUCGGCGAGGCAUACCAUGUCCGCCCGCUCGCGAGCGACGACUUCCUCCGGUCGCAUUUCGGCCUCCUGUCCAACCUGAGCACGAGCCCUCCCCUCGCUCCGUCCGUAUACAUGUCCCUCUUCAACGCCUUGAAGGGAUGCGACGACACAUACUACAUCACCGUCAUUGUGGCUCGCGCAAGCGACCAGAUUGUGGCAAGUGGCACAGUCGUCAAGGAGCGCAAGUUUAUCCACGGCGCCGGCCAGGCUGCUCAUAUCGAGGACAUUGUGGUGUCACCCACUGUCCAGGGCCAGGGGCUGGGCAAGAAGUUUGUCAUGGGCUUGCUCGAGCUGGCCACGGCCUCGCUGGGAUGCUACAAGACGAUCCUCGACUGCCAAGAGUCAAAGGUGCCGUUCUACGAAAAGUGUGGCUUUACACUUCGCGGAAGGCAGAUGGCGUACUAUGCACCCACAGACGAGCUGGGCCGUACCCAGUCCGUGGGGUCCAUGCGCGCCCUCACGCCUGCCGCAGCUAGCGGCGACGGUUCUACCCCCGGAUCCACCACUCCGGAUGUCGACCACACGGCGGCCGCCGAGCUCGAGGUCCCCGAGAACCAGGACGACAACGAGAGUGUUGCCGAGACGGUCGAGACGAGCGCGUCGGGCGUCACGUAUCACUUUCCCGUUGACGCUUUCUCGGGCCUGAGCAUCAACACGGGCGGCAGUGCGUUUGGUGGCUCCUUGUCGACUGGUCGCGCGAGCAGCAGUGGCACAGCCACGCCGUCGUUGCUGCGUCCCGAGGGGGACGCAUCGACGGGCACGGCGUUGUAA